AUGGCCGACGACAUGCGCUACGGACAUCAACAUGCUAGAGGACCACCUAGAGGCGAAGACGGCGAGUUCAAGAUUCGAGGUCAGGCUGAACAGACUCGACCCAUGUCAAGAUCACAGGAUCAAACGGAGGGCGACGUGACAACCGAACCCCCCGCGCAGGAUAUUCCACAAGGACUCAAUACGAGCACACGACUGCGACCGCAGGACCACUUACCUCGAAACUCUCGUUCUCGCACUUCCAGGAGAGCCAAAGAACUAAGAAAACUAGCCACGGCAGAAGAAAAUGCAGCAAACUACCCGCCACUGGACGACACGCGCGCAUGGCAAGCUCUAGGCAGAGAAACUGAUAGCACGACCCGCGACAACUCGGCUUUCGUGUACCGUCACCUACGCCGCGCUCAGUGUCCCAAGGCCCUGUCGUUUCCAGAAUGGGUCAAGGAUGUCCAUCGGGAGAUGGAGGGCUUGGGACUUCAAGAUACUGGGCGUUAUAUUCGUCGUGAUUGGCAGGAGGCUGGUGGUCCGGUGGAAGAGAUAGAGAUGGUGCAGGAGACGGUGGCCGUGCAGGAAGAGGUUGAUGUGGUGCAAGAGAGGAAGUACGAAGAUGAUGGGUUUGAUAUUGAUAUCUAUGGGGAUGAGGAGACGCGGGCAAAGUAUGAGCCGUGGAUACGGAGUCAGAUAGGCAGGGGAACUUCGAAGUUGUGA